AUGUCCGAGCUCCUCAAGAAAGUCAACUCCCAGCCAGGCUCGCCGUUCGCCUCCCCGCGCCCGACGUACUCGCCCUACGCCAAGGCGUCGAAGAGCAUGCUCCGGAAGAUCGCGCCGCUGCACCCCAACCGCCGGACGCCCCCUCCCCCGCCUCCUCGCCCUCCUCCGCCGAAGAAGACCAAGAAGCAGCUGGAGCUCGAGGAGAAGUGGGAGAUGGAGCUUGAGGAUUCUGUUGAGGGGUGGUAUUGUAUGCCGGAACAGGAGAGGGCGGCCCUGCGGAGGGCGAAGCGGGACGCCGAGAUGGGCUUCGAGGACUGA